AUGUCCGGCAGAGGAAAAGGUGGAAAAGGUCUUGGAAAGGGUGGCGCUAAGCGUCACAGAAAAAUCUUGAGAGACAACAUCCAAGGUAUCACAAAGCCAGCCAUCAGAAGAUUGGCCAGAAGAGGUGGUGUCAAGCGUAUUUCCGCUUUGAUCUACGAGGAGGUCAGAGGUGUCUUGAAGUCGUUCUUGGAGAACGUCAUCAGAGAUGCUGUCACCUACACCGAGCACGCCAAGAGAAAGACCGUUACUUCUCUUGAUGUUGUGUAUGCUUUGAAGAGACAAGGCAGAACCUUGUAUGGUUUCGGAGGUUAA